CUGCAUAAUUUGCAGAAGAGGCACUUGAAUGAUCAAGAUGACUUGGCAGUUAGUUGUAAGGGAGGAGUAGAGGAAGAGGUUGAAAAUGAAGAAAUGGAUUAUUCCAAAGAGGAAGAACCAAAUCUUCCACACAAUGAGUUGAUGUAUGAGAAUCUCUCGCUUCAGAAAGAGUUGGAAAGAAAAGAAAUUUUAUUAGAGGGUUUACUUUUUGAUCUUCACUUGCUACAAGAAUCAGCCUCCAAUAGGAUGCACAUCAAAGAUGAAAGUGAGAAACUGAUUUUAGCUUUAAGCCAAGUUCGCUGUGAGCUAGAGGAAGUUUGCUCCUUAAAUGAUAAGCUCGAAAUGGCCUAUGCAUUUGUUGAUGAAAAGGAAGCUAUUGCAGUUGAAGCACCCCAGGAGUCAGUGGCAAGUAAAUUAUAUGCUGAGCAAAAGGAGAAGGAGGUCAAGAUAUUAGAAAGCUCAGUUGAGGAGCUCCAAUGUACCAUAAAUGUGUUGGAGAAGAAGGUAUAUGAAAUGGAUGAGGAGUUGGACCGGCAUCAAUUGAUCAGAAAUUUGCUAGAACAUGAACUCCAGGUUAUGAGAAAAAGAUUGUUGACACUAGAAAACUUCACUGAUGUUGUGGAUUCGUUCAAUAGAAACGCUGGACAUAGUGAAGAUCAGAUAUCUAGGUUGUUGGAACUUCAUGAGGCUCAUGAUAGGGUUAAGCAAUGCAAAGAGUACAUCUCUGAAAUUGUACUGCAUUCUGAAGCCCAGGCGAUGCAGUACCAACAAAAGUACAAGACUCUAGAGGCCAUGGUUCGUGAAGUGAAAACGGAUCUAGUAGCAAAUUCAGUAUCGGUAGCACCAAUAUUGGAGAAGACUAAGAAGUGCUCAACAAGGACCCGAGGAUCAAGCUCACCAUUCAGGUGCAUUGCAAAUUUGGUUCAGCGGAUGAACUUUGAGACGGAUCAGGAAUUGUCAAUGGCCAAGCAUCGCAUUGAAGAACUAGAGGAAUUAGUGGCUAGCCGACAAAAAGAGGUUAAGUUCUGCAACUUGUUUUUCUUAAUCCCCAUGACGGUAUGCACGCUGAACACCAGGUUGGCUGCUGCAGAAAGCAUGACGCAUGAUCUCAUUAGGGAUUUACUUCUUGUUAGGUUGGACAUGACCAACUAUGCUGAGAGUGAUUCAUUAAAUUUGUCUAUCGUUGAUUUUCAUAAGACUUUGGCAACCUCUGAAAGGCGUCUUUCUCGAGUUAACAUGAACAAUGAACUGGCCCUGUAUUGGAAAACUAAUGGUAGUCAGCCGCAUGAGAAAACUUAUGGACAAGGUCACCCCAGGCAGAUUUCCAUUGAGAAUGGAAACAGAAGACUUCAAAGGAUUAACACGCCAAGUAUAAUUCAGUUAAAAGCUUGUUCUUUUGAUGGAAAUCAUCCUGCUCUUUCCUCGUUAGUGUUCUUCCAGCUGCUGUAGUCUCACUAAUAAAUCUCGUGUGUAAGCGUGUUCUGUGAGGCAAAGUCACAUUUGGGAGGUAGUUUCUGAUAACUGAAAUCAUUUCGUCACCCUGUUUACAGUUUUCCCGUUUUACUUUUUACCGUACAUGCCAAGAGUUGUGGGGAGAGGGUACAGCUUGUGACUCUCUCCUUGCAUAUCUGGAAUCCAAGUUCCAUGCAGCCAUGGUAAAUACAAGGUUUUUGACUCGUAAGCCUGUAAAUGUAUUCAGUGAUGAUCUAGUUUUUGUUUCUUAAUUGUUUGUUUACACGUUAAUAUUUAAUCAAAUUUCACUGUUUUU